AUGGAGGAGGCCGCUCAAGCUCCGACUGGAAAGCAAGAGAAGGUCCAGUGCUUCGGCCGCAAGAAGACUGCCGUGGCCGUUGCAUUGGUUCGCACGGGCAGUGGUCAGGUUCGGCUCAAUGGCUGCCCGUUGCACACAGUGAAGCCUGACAUUCUGCGAGUCAAGGUGUACGAACCUUUGCUGCUCUUGGGUAAAGAUCGUUGCAGCAAGGUGGAUAUCCGAUUGAGAGUCAAAGGCGGCGGUUUCACAGGCCAAAUCUACGCCCUCCGUCAGGCUGUGGCAAAGGGCAUCGUCGCAUACUACCAGAAGUACAUCGAUGAGGCAUCCAAGAAAGAAAUCAAGGACAUACUGAUGGCUUACGAUCGCUCCUUGAUCGUUGCAGACCCACGCCGCUGCGAACCCAAGAAGUUUGGAGGGCGCUCUGCACGUGCUCGCUUCCAGAAGUCGUACCGAUGA